AUGGCUUCUCAGAGAAUGAGCCUCUCGGUCCCGCCAACUCAGAAUACCGCGCCGGUGAUCAAAUUCCAAUGCCUCUUCACCCACGAUAUCAGGCGGAAAGCGAAAAGGUGGCAGGAUGGAUUUCUCCGGUUUCACACGUUCAACAAACGCGUUAUGGUCUAUGACCCCACCGGGAACCUAGUUGGGGACUUGCACUGGCGAGAUCGUGAUAUGCUGCAGGAUGGGGAUGAAUUCGAACUGGAGAGAGGUAUCCUGGUCCAAGCUGGCGAGCAACUCGAGAGUACAGUUACCGAUUUGACAGGGCUGCUGGAGAAACGGAAGUCAUCCCCUGCUAAACCGAACCACUCUCAAGCCCGCCCAAGGAAUGCCAAUGUUGGACGGCCGAACGAUUUCAAAGCUCCUUUUCCAUCCAGCGGCUCGAGUAUGAAGUCUUUAAACGAGGUGCUUGGGAUUAAGAAGAGUACACAACCAACAAGAGUGAUAAGGUCUCCCUAUGAAGAACGGGAACGAUUAAACAAAAGCAUGUGUGAAUCUGAGGAGAGACCGGCCAAAAAGCGGAAACCAUCUCCAGAGUGUGACACGGAGGAGGCAUCUCGACUGUCCCAUUCACCGCCACCGCCGCCAACAAAGAGUCUUAAAACCCAAUUAAGACCUAAUGUGGAAGAACCGGUUACUAAUAGCAAAUCUCGCGAUGCCUCCGGUGCUGAACCUCGUGUUCCAGGUGGGGUUACAGACCUAUGCAAUAAGAUAUCAAAUGAAAACAACCGCCCUAGCUUUGCAUCGGCCUCGACUGCAUCAUUCCGACCCGCAAGUGCAGUUGAGCCAGAGCCAAUCUCUACAAAAGAUCGCCGGAAAAAGUCCAGUGGUAAAGCGUCAGCAAAACAAAUGUCUCUCACAUCCAUGUUUGGCAAUGUCCCAACGACAACUCUUGAAGUUGCGCCCAGGCAACCUCGCAACCAACUUAUCUUUGUGGACAAGCUUGCAGAACAACAAGCCAAAGCAAGAGAGAAAAGAAAACUCGCCGAAAAUAAUACAGUCAUGAACUCAGAAUCAUCUAAGAGAGUAGAUACCCUGAAAUCUCCAUCGGCCUUGAAGCCAAGGGAUAAGAAUAUAACCUCAUGCCAAUCUGCAGCGCAAUUGUCUAAAGAUGGGAGUAAUGAUGGUGAGACCCCUCGUGUGCAACAAAAGGCAACGAGCUUACUGGGAUUUUUCAAGCCAGCUGCGGUUACAACCCAAGAACAAGAGAUUCAGCAUGAUGACAAUGAGGCUACUGUAGUAGAGCCAAAGCCUUCUAGGCCUUUGCAGAAUAUGCAACGGAGUCUUUCAGCUACAGAUUCCAAGCCUGUGGAUACUACAUGUUCAACCAAACCUCCGGUUCCGGAGGCGCCUGUCCCUCAUAUCGAACCCGGCGAACAGAAUGCACAGCUAGAAAAGCAUCGGCCCCUAGAGAGGUCAAACUCAGAUUCGUCAGCCCUAAACCCACCACGACCUGUGCCCAAAAAGCGAGUUAUCCAAACAAGGCUUUUUCCAGAUCGGAUGCUAAGCCUACCAGCAAUGGAUGAACCAGAGGUUGAAAUUGAACAAGGGCCCUGGACAUCUGAAGCACUAGAUCUGUUCGACUGGUGGCCCCCAGAUAGACCUAAGCCCACAAUUGGAAGCAUCCCUAUAUAA